CCAUGGUGACAUUAAGAUUUAGGAUUACGUUAGCAAAAGGAAAAUGUGGCCAAAAGUGGACAAAUUUAAUGUAAAACAACUUAUAUAAGCUAUUUGAACAAGACAAUGGACACUUUUGAGAAGAGAAAUGACCAGUCGGCUGGCACUGCUAGGAAAAGUGAAAUGUGUUGUCAGUUGAUUGCUGAGGAGCAGAGCUUUGUGGCACCAGGAGAGAAACACUCCCAGAGGAAAGAGCCACAGGGGAGCCUCAUCAUUGAGAGCCAGGCUGCAGAGAUUUACACAAAUGGAAAAGAGGCAAUGGGAAAGUCCCAGUAUGAGAAGGCUGUGAUGUGCUUCUCCGAAGCCAUUACAUUGCAGCCAGAGCAGACUGAGCUGUGUGUGAGCCAGGCAGAGGCGUACCUGCAGCUGUGUGACUUCCAGUCAGCAGCAGCCUAUUACAAACGGGCCAGGCUCCUGGAGCCCGGGGCCUUCAGUGCACGCUUGGCAUUCAUUUACUAUCUCCAGGGCCAGUGUUUGUUUGACCGAGGCCUUUUCUUGGAGGCCCUGAAGGCCUUCCACAAAGCUGCUGAGGUAAAGCCCGACUGCAGGGCCUACGAGAUCAGAAGCUUGGCCUGCCUGACAGCUGCAGGUCACCACACUGAUUGUCUGAAGCUGGUGAACAAUUGGAUGGUGUUGUAUGGUUCCACCUCCGACCUUUACAUCCUCAGAGCCCGACUGCACAAAUUGCUCAACCAGACAUCACAGUGUUAUCAAGACGUGAAGUCGGCAUUGGCGUUAAACCCAACGUGUCCAGUGGCUGAAGCCCUGCUGCUGCAGCUGCAUGAAGCCAGUGAACAGGCCAGACAACAGGCUGUGGACAGAGCCUUGACUGGCCAGCUGCUUGAAGCCCUCUGUAUGAUCAAUAUUUCUCUGGCGAACUGCCCACUGGACGGACGCCUCUACCUGUUCAGAGGGAUUCUGUACCGACGUCUGAAUGACUUCACAGCAGCCAUCGAGGAUCUGGUCCAGGCUGUCGAGCUGAGCGAGAAGGUGGAGGGAGAGAAGAAGGUCAGAGGUCAGGCAGAGGCCAGAGACAAGAAGGAUGAGUGCAGCUCUGUGCAAGAGGAGGCACAGUUUCAGCUGGUUCUCACCUACAAUGAUUUUGCUGUUCAGUGCCUCAGUGAAGGCCUCUAUGCGGAGGCGACUCUGCUUCUCAACAAGGCCAUUGAGGAGGAGAAGGGCCAGGCAGGCCUGUACCUGAACCGAGGAGACUGUUUCUAUAGGCAGGGUGAGUGGUGUUAUGCUCUAGCUGACUACCAGCAGGCUGAGGAGAUGAUGCUGUGUGAUGACCCGUCCGUCCAUCUCCGUCUCUCUGUACUCCACAACCUGCUGGGCUCUUUCUGUAUCCAGGACAGGCGUUUCCAGGAGGCAGUUGACAUGUUUUCUCUGGCCAUCAAGUACGACCCCAAAGCCAGUCGGUACUAUGAGAACAGAUCAAAGGCCUUUCGAAAGCUGCUCAACUUGGAGCGUGCCAGAGAGGACUUCAUCUGCAUGCUGAUCCUGGAUCCCACCAAUGAAGAGGUGCCUCCUAUGAUCAUGAAUCUGUUCCCCGGCUGCAGCAAAUCUGAGGUUUUGUCCAGUCCAGCAGGACAAGCAGUCAGAGUUCAACUGAUGGACACCAUCCAUGCCUGCAGCUCCUCCUCCGAUCCACACGAACUGAGUGAGAUGCUCCAGGAGAUGACUCUGACCAAUGAAAACUCAGCGAGCAAAUCACAACAGCCAUCUGAAGCUGCAAAGGAGCUAAAGUUUGUAAACCAACAGGAGAUGCAGAUUAUUGGGAAGAGCCUUCUGCAGGACAAGCAGUCAGAGUUCAACUGAUGGACACCAUCCAUGCCUGCAGCUCCUCCUCCGAUCAACACGAACUGAGUGUGAUGCUCCAGGAGAUGACUCUGACCAAUGAGAACACAGCGAGCAAAUCACAACAGCCAUCUGAAGCAGG